UUAUCAGGUGAUGAGGGCGUGGCUGGUCAUAUCCAGCCUCUUGUUGGUGGUCCAUGUUUGGACCUUCAACAUCGACACGAAAAAUGCGGUCGUCCAUUCGAUGCCCUCCACAUACUUCGGUUACUCGCUCGAUUUCUACAACGAGGAGAAAGGAAUGCCUGUACUUGUCGUAGGCGCACCAGAAUCCGAGACGACAAAUCCGAAUCUGCGAGGUAUUCGACGACCAGGUGCCGUCUACGUUUGCUCCGUGAACAAACCGACUUGCAGAGAAGCACAUAUCGACCCUAAACAAGGAAACGAGCGUCGACUCAACGGCUCAGUCUUGGCCCCAAUCGAAGACAAAGCCUAUCAGUUCUUUGGCGCAACGGUGAAAUCGAACAAAAAGCACGACAAGCUCAUUAUGUGCGCACCCAAGUACAAGUACUUCUUUUCGAAGUUUGAGGUGAUUGAACCAGUUGGAACUUGCUUUUUCACCGAGCAAGGUUUCACAAAAACACAGGAAUUCGCAUCUUGUCGUCAAGAACCUGCCCGACAUGGUAGGCACCGUUUCGGAUAUGGACAAUGUGGAUUCUCUGCUGCUCUGCCGGACCGUUACAGUAAGGGCGACGAAAGGGCUUUCAUCGGUGCACCGGGUGUAUGGUAUUGGCAAGGAGCCAUUUUUAGCCAAAAUGUGAGGAAUUUUACCGAUCGGCCUAAUACCGAAUAUGGAGGAAAGGAAUACGAUCAUGAUAUGAUGGGAUACGCAACUGCUACUGGAGAUCUAGAUGGUGAUGGUCUUGACGAUAUCGUUGCUGGUGUACCUCGUGGAAAUGAUUUGGCUGGAAAACUCGUACUGUACACAUCCAAGCUGAAGAUGCUGGUAAACCUGACUGACCCAUCAUCCUCGCAGCAGGGUCAGUACUGCGGCGGAAGUCUUGCCGUUACCGAUUUGAAUAAGGACGGGCGGGACGACAUCAUAAUGGGUUGCCCAUUCUACACUGACUAUGUGACAGUAAAGGAUGCAAAGACUCAAGAACGAAAACCACAGUACGACGUUGGAAAAGUUGUGGUUUUCUAUCAGACCGCACCGGGAGUAUUCGAUCGCACAUCUGUGCUCGUUGGAGAAGAUCAAUGGGGUCGCUUCGGUUUUUCGCUAGCUGCCGUUGGAGACCUCAAUCAAGAUGGUUAUAAUGAUUUCAUCGUUGGAGCACCAUAUGCAGGCAUGAACAAAGCCGGUGCAGUUUAUGUGAUGCACGGUAGCAAAGAUGGGGUGAGACCGAAAUACACGCAAAAGAUUGAAGGUGGAGCAAUGGGGCCAAAUAUUAAGACGUUCGGAUUUGCCGUCGCUGGAGGCGUUGACGUUGAUGGAAACGGGAUGCCAGACGUUGCUGUCGGAGCCUGGAAAAGUGGAAAUGUAGCGGUCAUGACAACCAAACCCGUAGUCACUGUGACUGGACAGACCGAUGCAGAUGGUGUAACUAUCAACAUCGAAGACAAGAACUGCGACGUCGAUGCCAAACUUGGCAAGCAGUCGUGUCGUAACAUCAACACUUGCUUGCGAUACGAAGGUAGAGGUGAUACUCCGAAUGAUCUCGAAUUUGUUCUACGUUACAAUCUUGAUGACCAUUCACCUGAACCAAGAGCUUACUUCUUGCAUAAGGACGUGAAAGCCGAUCGAGAUAUAACUGUUGCACCAGAAUCAAAAACCAGAGAUCAUCCAAACAUUAUCGAGAGACGAGUACGUCUCGAGAAGAACCGACAAAAGUGCUUCAAGCAGCGUUUCUUCGCUUCUAACACCAUGAGGGAUAAACUGUCGCCGAUUCAUUGGUCCGUAAACUACACCUACGUGGAGUCCAAAACAGGCAGAGUCAGAGGAGGCCAACUUGAGCCAGCUAUAGACACCACCGUGCCCUUGGCUUUCGAGAACAAAAUCAACAUCGCCAACAACUGUGGAAAAGAUGAUGUGUGCAUUCCUGACCUCAGAGUACAAGCAGCAGCUGACAGAGAAAAAUUCAUGCUCGGCACGAAGGACAACUCAAUGAUUGUCAAUGUGACUGUGCAAAACGGUGGAGAAGAUUCAUACGAGACAAAGUUGUUCUUCGAUGUCCCGGAAGGCUUUGAGUACAGCGGGGUGGUGUCCACGGAUGAGAAGACAGCUCCAAGCUGUUCUCCAACAACAACUGAACCAAACGAGGACGGUAGCUGGACUUUUGCCUGUGAACUGGGAAAUCCCCUACCACAAGAUAAAACACUCUCGACUGCGGUUAGAAUCACAGCCAACGAGCAGAAACCGCCCCUAAAACCCAUCGAAAUCCGAGCCUAUGUCAACAGCACCAAUGAAGAAGAUGAAAGCACCUCGAAUGAUAAUAUGAUUGCGUUCACCGUACCAGUGGACUUCAGAAAUCAACUUACUCUUAACGGUAGAUCAAAUCCUGAACAGGUUGACUUUUCUACCCGAAACAAAACUCCAACUGAUGUCUUUGAUGACAGUGAAAUCGGACCGGUUGUCAGUCAUCUAUACCAGGUCUCAAACCGAGGUCCAUCCGAAAUUGAUUCGGCCACUCUUGAUAUUUUCUGGCCAUCAUUCUCAACUGAGGGUGGUCAUUUGCUCUACAUGAUUACCGAUCCUGUCAUAAGCGAUCCCUCUAAGGGGAGAUGUCGGGUAAAGCAAGUGCAGAACAUUAACCCACUCAACUUAAGGGUGACCAACGAACAUCUUGCUACCGAGAGCUUCAAUCGCCUACCAGGCGUUGACUACGAAGGUGAAGUUGAAGAAGAAGGAGUAAGAGACGAAGGAGGUGGUGGCGACAUCAGAGGACAUGUUGGAGACGUAAGAGGACAUGGUGGAGACGUAAGAGGAGGACACAUUAGAGAAGGCGAAUUGGAUGAAGAAGAGGAAGAGUGGGAGGAGGGAGAUGAAGGAGAAGAAGAGGAAGGAGACGAAGAAGAAGAGGGCAUAAUUGACUAUAGUGAAACGCAGAGCUACGUCCCCAAAACUCAUUCACCACACCCCACAGGAGCUCGAAGGGGCGAACAAAGAACACGGACACGAACACAAACACAAUUGGUGAAACCCCAUGUGAUCGGACCCGGAAGCGCAGGAACGGGAACAGGAACAGGAACACAGGAGAUUCGACGCCGUGUCGGUACAUCCCGUACCAAAACUCCGACCGUAUAUGACGCUGGUAGGAGCCAUUACGCUCACGAAGUCGUGGCUCAUGGUGGAAAUCCCGACACCGAGAGGAAUCAUCGCUAUGAAGGAGACGGUAGACCCCACACCCACAUCGAAAAACCCAUAACUGCUACACUCGGACCACGAGGUUAUCCGACGACCCAUAGCGGAAUUUCCGGUAUCGGACGUCAAGCUCACGGGACAGUUCAUGGCGGAGCUUCCGUUGGCGGAAGAAGUGAUAAGGUGCAGUUGGUGGCGUCGCACGGCAGCACCUCUGGUCUCACCGGAAGAACCCACCAAACCCCGCCUGUCAUCGUCGCCAAAGCAGAACAAGAAGGCGGAAAGCAUGUCGUGACACAGGGUGCUACCGGUGGCACCCGUGUAGCCAUAACACAUGGCGGUGCUGGACCCACGCAUGUGGUUACGGCAAACGGAGUUGGAGGCAAGAGUCAUUUUGUGUACGAAGAGAAACCGAGGAAGCAGGUGGAGUACGAGUACAUUCCGGAUGAGGAUUAUGAGGAGGAGGAUGAGGACUACGAGAGAGGCGGAAGUAGGAUAAAGAGAGAAGCAAAGAAGAAGAUCAAAACAACGAGACUCAGACCUGACGGAAAAGUCGCGCCCGGAGAGAAAGCCCGUUUUGCGGACCUACGUCAAGCUGUAAAAGAUUCAAAAGAUGCCGGUGGUGCCAUCGACUAUCAAGGCAUUCUGAGUCGAGCCAGUGUGGACUGCAACUCACUUCGAUGCACACAUAUCGAAUGCGAUCUCCACAACAUCAAAGAGAAUGAAUUUGUACUUGUUGAGAUUUUUUCACGGUUAUACACCAAUACACUUGUCGACGAACGAAAUCCAGGCGGUGAAGUGUCAUCUUUGGCUCUCGCACGAGUAACAAACACCAAGAUCAACUGGCCUCAUAAGCCCACAUUAGUGACAGCGGUAACCACCUCUUUGAACGCCAUUGACGACGAAGCUUCAGCAGCCGGUGUACCAUGGUGGCUGUAUCUACUAGCCAUACUUAUAGGACUUGUUCUUCUUUCUCUACUCAUUCUGUUAUUGUGGAGGUGCGGCUUCUUCAAGCGGAAUCGGCCACAUACCGAAAAAGCAGAGCGCAAGGAGAAUCGCGACCCCGAUGGCCGCUACGCCGACACAAAAACGCGUUACGCUGGUCCGGACACUUAUAAUCCGGAAAGUCACGGUCAUUUGCUGUGACCGUAACCUCAGCUUCACGCCAUCCUUGAAAGAGAUUCUACUCCCCAGUCGCCAUUGCAAUGUUUUGUAAAUAAGUUUAUUAAGUUAUAGAAAUGUUUGGUGGUAGAUGUCCACACGUUACCCAACGCAGCCCAAAGCAUUUCGGGUUUCUUGUUCUUGACGACCGCGCAUUCUUUCUUGCACCACUUUCUCACUGAUUUCAAGUCAUAUGUCUCUCAUGUUCACAGCUUGCCUAUAUGUAUGUCUUCAGCUUGCACAAAUGUACUGUCAUGUGAUGACACUAUAUUUGCGCAAGAUUUCUCAUGUGAUAUUAGAUGUUUUCUUCAAGUUUUUUUUCUUUGUUUAUUUUGUGUUUUCUGAGAUCUACCUUGUCGGUUAGGUACCAGUGAAGAGCUCGCGACGCGGGCUCUCAGUCAAACCAACAUGACCGAUCCCUCGUGAUGCUUCAAGUGCCUUAGAAGUGUGCUACUAAACUCACUCUCAUCGCUCAACUUUUGUUAUGACACAGUGCUUUAAUGAAUGGCCACAAGUCUUCCGUCAUCCUAAAGUCAUCUCUUAUGCAGUAUUUUUCUAUUGUAUGUGCAGAGAACAUUCAACUAAUAAAAAUUUCAUCAUAAAUGACAAC